AUGGAAGCAGAGGCGUUUACGGACAUCGGUGGCAGACCCAUCACUUUGGACUGCCAGGAUUACACCAGCUUCUGCAGAGAGUUCGUGGUGAGCUCUCCCAAAGUGUCCUUUUACAAAGUGAUGUGCUGCACCAGUCUGGUGUGGCUCGUCGCCUACGGAGUGUUUUUCUUCACAGAGGCCACCGCAGUGCUGACCUGUGCCAUCCUCGUCACGCUGAUCGGCAUGAUGCUCUUCAUCCACUGUGUGAAGGUGGACCACGAGUCGCUACUGGUCAUCGGCUCUUUGGGGAUCCAGGUCUCCUCCAGCUUCGCCUCGGGUCGAGAAACCUCCAGCUUUAUAGAGCUGAGCAAGAUCAAGGACAUCGUCAUCAACGAGGCCAUCUUCAUGAACCAGAUCAUCUACUACCUGUGUGUGCUGCUGAAAGAUCCUUCAGAACCAGAGGCUGUGUCAGGAGUCGUGCCUUUAUUCCAGAGUUCGAAGCCCAGACUCAACUGUUUGGUGAAAGUCUAUAAGAGCUGCCAAGAGGUUCUGUCCAAAUGCUCCUGA